GCUCAUUUAAAGCAUUUGACUGUACCCAGAGAAUCCUGGGACCUGUGGUUUGUUAAGGGUGCUGGGAAUUUUACCCUGGGGAGGGGUGUGAAUUAUAGUUUUUUGGGGAAGCAGUGGUGUGUACGCAGCCUAUGUUUGGCUAUUUAAUGGUUAGCGAGUUCACAAACUGGGUUGCUGCAUGCCCAAAUUUUGUGGCCUAGAAAGCACCAAUAAUUUUCCUCCCUCCAGUCAAAUGCAUCUUUUAACCAUGGUCAUUCUAAAGGGCUUCACCCCCAAUUCCCUCCCACCCCUCCAAAAAAUUAACAUGCAAAAAGUGCACGUAUGAUGUGGGCUGAUAUGCCCUGCUCUAUAACGUGAAAACACCACCCAACUCGCAUUAAUCCCUUCCCAGCCUCUUGAACGCCUAACAAUAUCAUUGGCUGCACGCUGUGUGCUAAGAGCUGAUCUCCACCAGCGUUCUUUUUUCCUUUCAGUAGGAUGGAAUGCCUGUACAUCAAACCUGCAGCUCUAUUGGAUGAGCUGCUGUUGCCCAGGCAAUGAUUGUGACCAAACACUUGUCACAGAGGCCUGAGAGCCCGCUGCUUAAUGAGCCCUGGGAACCUGGAUCUCGGAGGAAAUAAAGCAGCUCCGAUCACAAGAGAAAAGCAUCUGGAAAGCACUUUCAAGCUGGUAAUGGAGUGAUCUACUAUCCUUUGCGGGAUCAGAGGAAGUGCUGACUUUCGUACAACAUCCCUUGACUUGUGGACAAUGGAGGAGUUGACCAGUAACGUGGAAGGCAAGGAUGCACCUGUGAAAGCUGUAGAUGCAUCCAUGGAAGCUGAAGAUCCAGCUCUAGAAGCCAUCAGGAAGGCAGCAGAGUCUAUUGUGAAAAAUGUUAUCAGAGAUGCAAUAUACACUAUUAGACACCUGCAAAAGACAGAGGCAGUUCCAGGAAUCAAAUAUCCAGUACCAAAUAUUACAUGGAUGAAGUGCAAGGAUUUCACAGUAUUUAAUGGACUGGCACAGAUUGAGGAUUAUUUAAAAACAUGGGAGCUUCAUGAGAGCUGGCUACAUUGGACAAACUAUAUCAGCGAGGAGGAACUGGAGUAUUCCACGAGAUACUUUUACAGGGUCCGCUGGAGUAUCCCAACCUGUAGAAAGCCCAUCCCACGAGCAACAGCAUGUGUCUAUUUCGUCAUAGAGAUUUCCAAAAUCAGACCAUCAACAUUACCUGUUGAAGUAUUCUUUGUGGUGGAGACGAAUAAGCUAAUUCACAGGCCAGGAGAGUCUCGAUUCAAAGAAAAAUGGCUCAAAGAUGUGAUUGAAAGCAAAAUAAUCAUGAUGGAGACCAUCACUUUUUAGUUCCUCUAGAAUUGUUACAAACUAAAAACUCUCUUUUAGGUUUUCUGCUAGUUUUUAUAAAUAAAAGUUGUGCAUAUCUGUA